GGAAAUAGCGCCCGGCGUCUCCAGAGUAGCUGCAACUGCCACCGAGAUGCCGAAGGGACCCAAGCAGCAGCCGCCGGAACCCGAAUGGAUCGGGGAUGGAGAGAGUACGAGCCCCACAGACAAAGUGGUGAAGAAGGGGAAGAAGGACAAAAAGACCAAAAAAACGUUCUUUGAGGAGCUAGCUGUAGAAGACAAACAGGCUGGGGAAGAAGAGAAAGUGCUCAAGGAGAAGGAGCAACAGCAACAGCAGCAGCAAAAAAAGAAACGAGACACCCGAAAAGGCCGGCGAAAGAAGGAUGUGGAUGAUGAUGGAGAAGAGAAAGAGCUCAUGGAGCGUCUUAAGAAGCUCUCUGUGCCAGCCAGUGAUGAGGAGGAUGAGGUCCCUGCCCCCGUACCCCGAGGAGGGAAGAAAACUAAGGCUGGUAAUGUUUUUGCAGCCCUGAUUCAGGAUCAGAGUGAGGGUGAAGAGGAAGAAGAAAAACAUCCUCCUAAGCCUGCCAAGCUGGAGAAGAAUCGGAUCAAUAAGGCUGUAUCUGAGGAACAACAGCCUGGGCUGAAGGGCAGAAAGGGAAAGGAAGAGAAGUCAAAGGGGAAGGCCAAGCCUCACAAUAAAUUUGCUGCUCUGGACAAUGAAGAGGAGGAGGAUGAAGAAGAAGAAAUAACAAAAGAAAAGGAGCCACCCAAACAAGGGAAGGAGAAGGCCAAGAAAGCAGAGCAGGGUUCAGAGGAAGAAGAGGAAGAAGAGGAAGGGGAGUCUAAGGCUGAUGAUCCUUAUGCUCACCUUAGCAAAAAGGAGAAGAAAAAGCUGAAGAAACAGAUGGAGUACGAGCGCCAGGUGGCUUCAUUAAAAGCAGCCAAUGCUGCUGAAAACGAUUUCUCCGUGUCCCAAGCAGAGAUGUCCUCCCGCCAAGCCAUGUUAGAAAAUGCAUCUGACAUUAAGCUGGAAAAGUUCAGUAUCUCGGCCCACGGCAAGGAGUUAUUUGUCAACGCAGACCUGUACAUCGUAGCUGGCCGCCGCUACGGGCUAGUGGGGCCCAAUGGCAAGGGCAAGACCACUCUCCUCAAGCAUAUCGCCAACCGGGCCUUGAGCAUCCCUCCCAACAUCGACGUGCUGCUGUGUGAGCAGGAGGUGGUAGCAGAUGAGACGCCAGCCGUGCAGGCUGUUCUUCGAGCCGACACCAAGCGACUGAAGCUGCUGGAAGAGGAGCGACGGCUCCAGGGGCAGCUGGAGCAGGGAGAUGACACAGCUGCUGAGAGGCUAGAGAAGGUGUAUGAGGAAUUGCGGGCGACCGGGGCAGCAGCUGCAGAGGCCAAAGCCCGGCGGAUCCUGGCUGGUCUGGGCUUCGACCCUGAAAUGCAGAAUCGGCCCACACAGAAGUUCUCGGGGGGUUGGCGCAUGCGUGUCUCCCUGGCCAGGGCGCUGUUCAUGGAGCCCACACUGCUGAUGUUGGAUGAGCCCACUAACCACCUGGACCUCAAUGCUGUCAUCUGGCUCAAUAACUACCUCCAGGGCUGGCGGAAGACAUUGCUCAUCGUCUCCCAUGACCAGGGCUUCCUGGAUGAUGUCUGCACCGAUAUUAUCCAUCUUGAUGCCCAGCGGCUCCAUUACUAUCGGGGCAAUUACAUGACCUUCAAGAAGAUGUAUCAGCAGAAGCAGAAAGAACUGCUGAAGCAGUAUGAGAAGCAGGAGAAAAAGCUGAAGGAGCUAAAGGCAGGUGGCAAGUCCACCAAGCAGGCGGAAAAGCAAACAAAGGAAGCCCUGACUCGAAAGCAGCAGAAAUGCCGGAGGAAAAACCAGGAUGAGGAAUCACAAGAGGCUCCGGAGCUCCUGAAGCGCCCCAAGGACUACACUGUGCGCUUCACUUUCCCUAACCCCCCGCCGCUCAGCCCUCCUGUGCUGGGUCUGCACGGUGUGACGUUUGGUUAUGAGGGGCAGAAACCACUCUUCAAGAAUCUGGAUUUUGGCAUUGACAUGGACUCAAGGAUCUGCAUCGUGGGCCCUAACGGCGUGGGGAAGAGCACCCUGCUCCUGCUGCUGACGGGCAAGCUGACACCAACUCGUGGAGAAAUGAGAAAGAACCACCGGCUGGUAAGUUGGCUUUGGAAAUUAAGGAAUAAAGAGUCUGAGAGAGGAAGUAUGAUUUUCACAGACCACCUCCCUCUCUUGGGCAGAAAAUUGGCUUCUUCAACCAGCAGUAUGCAGAGCAGCUGCGCAUGGAGGAGACGCCCACUGAGUAUCUGCAGCGGGGCUUCAACCUGCCCUACCAGGAUGCCCGGAAGUGCCUGGGCCGCUUUGGCCUUGAGAGUCACGCCCACACCAUCCAGAUCUGCAAACUCUCUGGUGGGCAGAAAGCCCGAGUUGUGUUUGCUGAGCUGGCUUGUCGGGAGCCUGAUGUCCUCAUCUUGGACGAACCCACCAAUAACUUGGACAUCGAGUCUAUUGAUGCUCUCGGGGAAGCCAUCAAUGAAUACAAGGGCGGUAAGUUGGCUCAGGUUGCACCCUCUUCCUUUCCUUGGGGACCAGGCUGUAGUGUCCCUUCGCCAGAGCUCCCUUCUUUCAGGUUCUGAUUCCCCUCUGCCGCCUCCCUCCCUGCCCUCCAUUCUCUCAUCUUUUUUCAAAGCUGUGAUUGUCGUCAGCCACGAUGCCCGACUCAUCACAGAAACCAACUGCCAGCUGUGGGUGGUGGAGGAGCAGAGUGUUAGCCAGAUCGAUGGUGACUUCGAGGACUAUAAACGGGAAGUGUUGGAGGCCCUGGGCGAAGUCAUGGUCAACAGACCCCGAGAGUGAGUUUUCCUUCUGGGAGUCUCCUGAACAACAAGCUUGCGUGGCCUACAAGUCCCCUGUUGUCUCCCUUUCUCCGCUUGGACACCUUCCUCUGGUCUGCAGCUGACCCAGCAGCUACUUAGGCACAGGAAGGCGGAGCAUGAUCUUGAUGUGACCAGGGUACCACUUUGAUCGGUUCCUUUUCUCUGAAAGACCGGUCUUGUUUCAGUUUUCUUCAGAUAACUAAGCUGGCCUUAUCGUUGACGUCCCUCCGUAUACAGAGGUGACCUUCACUGUGUAGGCUCCAUCCAGCCAAGCUUAAGUGGCCAGUUGUCUCGAGACGCUUUUAUCAUUAAGAACCCUGCCUCUGGUCCACCUGAAAGCUUCAGGCCCAGCUGGUCUCCUGGUCUCUGAGUGGUGCUGCUCGUUUCUGGUGGAUUUAAUCUUGACUUACCGACACAAACAGCCGUUGCAGUGCAGUGCUGGAGGCAGGUUCUGAGGCCUGUGUUAUUACUCAGCCCAGGGUUUGGUGCCUGCAGUCACUUGCCUAGUUGGGGACUUGGGGGCAGGAAAGAAUUGCCACUCAACUUGAAUCUCCCUUUACAAGGGGAAGAAAUAAAGGAGUUGUUGCCGCUUAGCUGUUUGGAGAUUUCGUGGGAAUUGGGACUGUUCUCCGUUUUUAUUUGCUUUUUGUCUGUUUGCUAGCAGCGU